AUGGCUUUCAAGACGGGCUCGCGCGACUUCUGGAGAACAUUCCGAAGUUCCGAGGCGUUGAUGCCUAUAACAGGACUUCGGCCUAAUUGCCCAGCGGAUAUUACAGACGGCAAACGUGCUGCAACACCUAAACACGCUGUCACCAAUCUAAGCGGGAAGCCAGAGGAUGCAGACGAUUUUCACGCUGUCGCCGCGUGUGGUGGAAGCUGUGGAAGAGUUUUUACAGCCGAUGAGGAGAAGGCAACGAGCACACCCUUCGUGAUCUUUCAAGGCCAUCACCUUACACUCUCACUAAUUGAUGCCGAUGAUUACUUCCGCCCCGUUGACGCAGCCUUGUCCCUGCAGCUGACUACCGAUACUCCGGCGCAGACCCCUUCGCGCAUAUCUACUCCCAAAUCUCGCUACUUUGUACGGGUCUGCCGAUUUUAUUAUCUUCCUUUCGCGUUUGCGACCGGAUCCGCGCCGGUAUGUGUGAUAUCCCGCUCGUCAUACAACCACCGUAGAACCUUUUCCUCCAUCUCUUCGUCCCCUCGGGCUUGUGUUAAAACGGAAGACCCCGGGAAAGUCAUGGACGUCGGCCAUACACAUGCAGGAGACCGGAAUCUGAACGUCCUGCGGAUAUUUCUUAUCGUACGGCGCGACCUGACGAUCCCCGUACAUACCAUUUGGACUAUCGACCGGUCCUACCUCGCAUACUUGCACACUUGGAUAAUCUCUGAUUGUUUCAAGACGUCGCAUCUGCACGCCGCCAACCUUCCCUAA